AUGGAAAAAUCGAUAUUUUCUUUUUUGGCCGUCUGUUUAUCGGUUCAGUUGGUGCGCGAAUACUGCAGUAGUGACUGUUGCAAGUAUAUGGCCGUAGGAGUUUGUGCAUCAUUUGGACUGUGGUACGGUUACCGCUUCUUGAUCAGACCAUUGGACAUACAAAGGAAAUUGGCCGAUGUGGGUUACGAACAGCACUUCACACAAAAACAAUGGGCGUCAAAGGAUAAGUUACACUUAAUACGAUCCAUGAUGAAACUAAGGAAAAAAGGGGCUUUACCACCAGUUUAUCCGAAUGGAUGGUUUGCGCUCCUAGACUCAGAUCAAGUUAUCAUCAAUCAAGUUAAAUACGUGACGGCUUUAGGAGAACAUUUUGCAGUGUUUCGUGCAUCCAACGGCGACGUCAACAUACUAAAUGCUUACUGUCCUCAUCUGGGUGCUAAUAUGGCUAUUGGAGGAAUAGUUAAAGGAAAUUGUCUCCAAUGUCCAUUUCAUGGAUGGACAUUUGACGGUACCAGUGGAAAGUGCGUCCGAAUACCGAACGAUUGUUCAAAUGGAUUGUUGUCGAGGAUGGCGUCGGUGAAAAGAUGGGAGUGUUGUGAAGCUAACGGCUUUGUAUUCGUGUGGUACCACGCGGAGAACGAUGCGCCGUCAUGGUACCCGACCAAAGACGUUGAGAUGACCAGCCGGGGAUGGACGUACCGCGGUCGUAGCGAGCACUAUGUGAACGCGCACAUCCAAGACAUCCCGGAAAACGGGGCAGACGUGGCCCACUUGCCGGCAUUGCAUGGACAAAUGGCGCUUGGCGGCCAGUACGCCGCGCAGGCCAACCAGUCGCUGUGGAGGUGGCUUGGCGUCCACGAGUGGACGGCCUCUUGGCGAGCGGACGGCACCCGCGGGCGGCACGUGUCCGCGCUCGAUCUGCAACACAGGCUGGUGGUGUUCGGAAAGUUGGCGGUUUUCAAAAUGAACGUGGAAGCACAACAGAUAGGUCCUGGAUUAGUGAUUUUAAAUUUUAAAACCAGUUUUGGGCCAAUAAAAUUGGUUCAAGUUGUUACACCUGUUGAGCCACUGAUUCAAAAAGUUGUUCAUCGUAUCUACUGUCCAAUGUAUUUAUCACUCUAUGCUUCAAUAGUUUUAUUCAUGGAAGCUGUAAUGUUUGAAAGAGAUGUAGUCAUUUGGAACCACAAAAGUUACAUUGAAAAGCCUUUAGCUUCAAAACAAGAAUCAACACUCUUGGCACAUAGAAAAUGGUACAAACAAUUUUAUAGUGCUAAUAGUAAACAAUUUAGCAACAGAAAAGAAACGAUAGAUUGGUGAAUAAAUAUAUUAUAAUUAUACAU